AUGACAUGUAGAGGACGCUACAGAUGUUUGAAGAACCGUGACAUCUAUGUUGAAGUCUGUGAGGAUCAACUGCAACUAAAUGAACAUCCCAAUAGAGAACGUAAAUACAGAAAGGAGCAGGCGGCGCCGUUGUCCUCUUUACAAGACCAGGAAUACAAGUGCCAGUACAUCCUGCCUACCCCCUGCUCUUGGCAGAUAUACGGAUUUCCGUUAAUGUUACAAAAAAGAAAUUUCAAAUAUCUUACAAAGCUAACGGAGCAUACAAAGACUACAGUUAACAACAACAGCAGCAACAACAACGGCAGCCACAACAGCUUCGGCAAGAGCAACACACAUUCCACCGUACCUCCACAUUUCAAUGAUAAUGGUUGUGAUAAUGAAGGUUUGCAGCAAGGCGGGUCUAAUGUAUUACCCCAAAGAAUUCCUCAAGUUCCCAAAAGUGACAGAAAGACAACAACAACAAUAGCAACAACAAAAACGGCGGCAUUUUACAACACAAAUCCUAAGACCAACAAAUCCAUGAGAUCCUUUAAGACAGCGGCUGGGACCCUACACUUUCAUACUCCAACAAAUGCUUAUGCAGCAAAUAUUCCAUCACACAAGCUUCAAGUGUCGGCAACAUUGUCCAACACAUUGAAGUCAACAGAGACAAGACAAAUGUCUGUUCCUUCGCCAUCGUCGUCGUCGUCUUCUUCUUCUUAUUUAACGUCAGUGCUUCCACAUUUUAAACAUUGUCAUCAUUCAAAUUUCCACCUAAAAUUAUCCAACAACACUUUCGUCUCCACUUUGCCAAGUCUUCUUACUAAGCCAUUGUCAUUCUUCGCCUCGCCAACGUCGUCGUCGUCAUCGUCCAUAUUAUCGUCUUUGCCAUCCUUUUCACGGACCCCACUAUUGUUGUUGUUGUUCGUUCUAUUGCUAUUGUCAUCCAUGUGGCAUACAUCCGAGGCAUUUCAUGGUAGCGUCAAAUUGAGCACGAAUACCAUCAAAACGAAAUUUGGUCUGGUGCGUGGCAUUGUGGUGCGUUCAUCGCCAUUAGUUGAAGCUUAUCUGGGCAUACCGUAUGCAUCGCCACCUGUCGGAAGUUUAAGAUUUAUGCCACCAAUUACCCCCUCACCAUGGAAGACUGUACGGAAUGCUGAUCGUUUUUCACCUGUUUGCCCACAAACCGUACCCAUACCACCCAAUGGCCCUGAAGCAUUGUUGGAAGUGCCACGAGCCCGUCUAGCCCAGCUGCGUAGACUAUUGCCGUUGCUUAGCAAUCAAUCGGAAGACUGCCUUUAUCUAAAUAUUUAUGUACCCUACGAAAAUCGAAGGCAUCGACGUGAUGGAGAAUCCGCGGAACAAUCCCUAAUUCCAACCAUUUUAUUCAUUCACGGUGAAUCGUAUGAAUGGAAUUCGGGUAAUCCUUACGAUGGCUCUGAAUUGGCUGCCCAUGGCAAUGUCAUCGUAGUUACAAUAAAUUUUCGUCUGGGUAUUUUUGGUUUCCUGAAAACUGGUGGCAAGGAAAGUGCUCAGGGAAAUUUCGGUUUAAUGGAUUUAGUGGCUGGUCUGCAUUGGUUAAAAGAGAACCUCCCAGCUUUUGGAGGUGAUCCUCAGGCUAUUACAUUGUUAGGUCAUGGUACGGGAGCGGCGCUGGCAAAUAUUUUGGCAGUAUCACCGGUGUCCAGUGAUCUCAUUCAGCAUGUUGCCCUGGUUAGCGGUUCAGCGUUAUCACCCUGGGCUAUACAGAAAAAUCCUUUAUUUGUUAAACGUCGUGUGGCAGAACAGACCGGAUGUCAUGGCGAUAUGCUCUAUGAUGAUUUAGCACCAUGUUUGCGUACCAAGUCUGUGGCCGAACUGUUAGCUGUAAAAAUUGAUCAUCCCAGAUUUUUAGUUGGUUUUGCCCCUUUUAUUGAUGGCACAGUCAUAUCACCCAAUACCGAUGGUAUUGGCAAACUAUCACUGCCUAUUGGCUCAGCUAUAGUUAGUACAUCAGGAAUUGAAUAUGCAAAUUUUCCUAAACGUAAUCUCAUAUUUUGCCUAACCUCAGUAGAGUCACAUCUAGAUCUAAGCGCUCAAGAUUUAGAAUUUGGUUUCAAUGAAACACGCCGAGAUCGCAUAUUAAGGACCUAUGUGCGCAAUAAUUUCCACUACCACUUGAAUGAAAUAUUUGCAGUACUAAAGAAUGAAUACACCGACUGGGAGAAGGCAAUACGUAGUCCAUUAAGUUCACGCGAUGCAACAUUACAAUUUCUCAGUGAUGGACACACUGCCUCAUCUCUUAUAAAAUUGGGUUAUAUGCACAGUCUGAGAGGAGGCAAAGGUUACUUUUUACACUUCAAGCAUCGUACAGUCGAAGAAGAAUAUCCACAGCGCACUGGUUCUGUACGGGGCGAAGAUGUACCCUUUUGGUUAGGCUUACCCAUAUCACCCCUGUUUCCACAUAAUUAUACAACUCAGGAGAGACAAAUAAGUCGUUUAAUGCUAAAAUAUUUGGCAAAUUUCGCCAAAACUGGCAAUCCAAAUCAUUCCACGUUUUCUUCACCGCUGGCAUCGACUUCGAAGUUAAUAAAUACACCGCCCACAUCUGUGGCCUCAGCUACACUGUCCACUGACAUUCACUCAAAACACAAGAGAUCAUCAUCGUCGUCGUCAAGAGCAACAUUAAAUUCUGUAAAUAAAACAUCCUCAUUAUCGUCCACUUCAUCGUCCAAUUCAAGCUACAGCAAUAGAAAUGUAACAGCCGAUGCUAUUGAAGAUGUAGCUGCAGCCGCCGCUAGAGAGGCCCUUAACCUGGCCGUGCUCUAUAAUCAGCGACGAACAAAGCGAACCUAUUUCAAACGGCAUUCUCGCAGCAAUUCCGAUGAUCAACACAACGGCAAUGAUUCUGGCAGCAGUGAAAUUGCGAACUUUCUCAGUUCAGCUGGUAAUUUGGAUAGUGAAGAGAUGCCAUUUUGGGAUGCCUACGAUGUAGUCAAUCAGUUAUAUAUGGAAUUGGGCACCAAAGCUGAAAUUCAAAGCCACUAUCGCGGUCAUAAAUUAUCGAUGUGGUUAAACCUAAUACCACAACUUCAUCGGCAUGCAAAUAUGAAUGAUCAAUCAAUGAGGCAUCACCAGUUCCAGGAUGAUCUGAAUAAUAUGAAUCUCUAUGAAGGUAUUGUACGGCCACAAAUACAAACGAAACCAGCCGAUGAUGAUGAAACGCUGUUGUUACCACGAGGUAGACCAACAUCAGCACCACCACCUACAUCGACGCUGGAGGCAAAUACCACACAAAAACCAAGUGGGGCUACAACAGAAUGUGGUGUCGACGGAGCUAUGUUUGUGGCUGAAAUGACCGCAAUUCCGCCCACGGACAAUCGUUCGUUCGUUGAAAGUCGUGAAAAGGAAAUGGCUACAGCCUCAACAGGACUCAUAGGUAAUCUAGAAGUCUUAAGACGUUUAAGUGGCAAGCAAUUUCAAAGUUAUACUACUGCUUUGGUAGCAACAGUGGCCGUUGGUUGUUUUCUGCUCAUACUCAACGUUCUCAUCUUUGCCGGCAUUUAUCAUCAACGCGAGAAGCGGGCACGAGAUGCAAAGACAAAGGAAGAACUGCAGGACAAUGAUAAUAGUAAAAAUUCCAGUAUUUUGAAACUGAAUGCAUUGGGCAGUGAAACGGGUUCCUUUACUGGCAGCGGGGCUGGCGUUAGUGGAAAAACCACAGCGGUUUUCGGCGAAUACAGUUGCUACGAUGAAAAAUCAGUACAGACGAAAGACGAGAAACUAAUCGUCGAUUUAUCAUCCUCUCAAAUGAUGGACUCUACAUGGGCAGCAGCCUGCUCGACCAGUACUUUAGAUUUAUUGAAAACCAAACAUCAUCUACCAAUAGAAUCGAAUUAUCCAAUUUCUUCCAAUAUUGUACCCAUCACCACAGAACAACCCAAUGAACAUUUAAUGGCUGUCAGCGCCAUGGAAAUGGCCACCUAUAAUCCACUGCCGCCCAUGGUGAGUGGCAGUGCUGGACUAAUAUUGGAUCCAUCAAUAGCUACCUCAACGGGUUUACAAAGUAAACGCGGUUCCUUUGUUGGAUCUUCGGGACAAUUAAAUCAAUAUGACUUUGCUUCGGUGCAAUCGUCAGAUCAAAUGUCCUUUAAGGAUAUCGAGAAUGCGGUAAAAGUGUCAAUGAGUCGAGGUGAUGAUAUAACACAGGAUGAUGAUAUUCCCGAACCACCACCGCCACCAAAAUCGUUUCAAAAUAUGCAACUUCAUCAUCAGCAGCAGCAACAACAACAUGGUGGUGGGAUUUUACGUCAAGCUGGUACCUCAUCUGGUACACAGACAGGAGGCGGUAAAAAACGUGUACAUAUUCAAGAGAUUUCUGUCUAG